AAAGCUAACAUAAUAAAAAACAACUUCUACUAGAUUCCUUUCAGAUUCAGGAACAAAAACUCUCAAUUCUAGAAGAAAAAAAAAUUUUACAGACACAUAUCCAUCAUAGUGAAUUUGUCUAAAUAGGAGAGAAAGUCACAAUUUAACACUUCAAAGUAUUCAAGAAGAUCACUGGCCUAAUUUAUUUUGAGGGAUCAUUUUUUGCAACAUUGCAACACUCUUCUAGGCUGAAACCUAUCAACCAUCUGGGAAAAUAAUAUCGGCAAAACAAAACGUAUAUAUGAUUAUUUUUUUAAUUAUAUAAGAAAAUUUAAAUCUUCCAAUAAUAUGAAUGAAAAAAUAAAAAAUAUUCUAUCCAUCUUGAGUGACAUUAAAACACAAUCCGAAAAUUUAAAAAGUCAGUAUCCGAAAACAGUUGGCUUCAUUCAGCUCCUUUCAGCAUUUUUUAAGGAAUCUGAUCUCUAUAUAUUGAUAGAUCAAGAAGCUACAAAUGAGGAAAUAAGGAAAAUUGAAAUUUCCACUCGACCAAUCUUAGUCGUACAAGGUCUGUCAAUUUACCAGGAAAAUUGUCUAACGUCUGUGGCAGUGGAAAUUGCCAUUCUUGUCAAGUCGGACAGCCUGUUGGAAGGUUUACUUCUAUUUUCAUUAAGCCAUUAUAUGUAUGGCUAUAAUUAUGACGAAAAAAAAUCAUCUACGUUGGAGUUAAUUCAAAGGAUGUUAUUGGAUAUCAACCCAGUAGACGGACACAAACGAGGCAGGAAAAAUAAAAGAAAAACCCCAGACGCUAAUACGAAAGUUUUGUCGCUUAUUUAAGUAAUAGUUGAUAUCUCUGGAUAAUUAUUUAUUACAUUAUAAGCAAUAUCAACAUGCAUUACUUAUAUUUAAAUUCUGAUA